AUGGCCGACCGAUUGCCUACCACCCUUCCUCUCCAAAUGCCGAUUGACUGCAUCACUGUUGGGUCUCUUGUUCAUGCACAAUUGACCACCUACAAGGUGGGAGGUGGGGAAGAGGGCGAGAUUUUUCCUCCUCCUCCAACUCCUCCCAACACCGUCCAAAGGAGCGUGAGACAUUAUGAACGUACUGUGCCACUCCUCCCCCCUCUACCACCGCCACCGCCACCACCACGACUUGUCACUCGUCACUCCAACUUCACCUCACCACCCCCCACCCCCGUACGGGGCGACACAAUGUGUCAAGCGGUGAUGGAAGGAGAAGGUCCAGACCGGACGCGCCAAUCUCCAUGUUGA